AUGGCCGGAGACAAGCAAAACGAAGCUAAAGUUUCCCCCACGGAUGAAAAUAAAGAAAAUCAAUCUGAUGGAGGACUUGGACUGGAAAUUUUGCAAAUAAUCAAAGAGUCCCAGCAGCAGCAUGGACUCAGGCACGGAGACUACCAGAGAUACAGGGGCUACUGCUCCCGCAGACUGCGUCGCCUGCGCAAGACUCUUGGCUUCAGGAUGGGAAACCGACAUAAGUUUAUUGGGAAGAAGAUAACAGUCGAAAUGCUUUCCGACAGCAGGUAUCUGUUGCUGGUUUUGAUGGAGGCUGAGCGUGCAUGGAGUUAUGCCAUGCAGCUGAAGCAGGAAGCCAACACAGAGCCACGGAAGCGAUUCCACCUGCUGGCACGACUACGCAAGGCUGCCAAGCACAGCGAGAAGCUGGAGAAACUCUGUGAGAGCCACCGUGUCGAUGCAAAGACAAAACUUGAGGCUCAGGCCUACACAGCAUACUUGACUGGUAUGGUGGAGUUUGAACUGCAGGAGUGGAAGCCUGCCAUGGAGGCCUUCAACAAGUGCAAGACCAUCUAUGAGAAGCUGGCCAGUGCGUUCACUGAGGAGAUGGCUGCUCUGUACCGUCAGCGUGUGGAUGAGAUCUCACCCAACAUCCGCUAUUGUGCUUACAACAUUGGUGAUCAAAAUGCCAUUAAUGACUUGAUGCAGAUGAGACUGACUGGUGGAGGAGGAGGCAUGAUGGCUGAGAAACUAGAGUCCCUGAUCACUCAGGCAAGAACCAAGCAGGCUGCCACCAUGAGUGAGGUGGAGUGGCGAGGACGCUCUGUGCCUGUCAAGAUUGACAAGGCUCGCAUCUUCCUGUUGGGUCUGGGAGACAAUGAGGCCGCUAUCGCUCAGGCAUCUAAUGAGGAGACCAAAGAGCAUCUGUAUGAGACUCUGCUGGCUGAGUGCAGAGACACCAUCCAGGCCGUGAAAGAGGAACUGAAGAGUGAGGCGAAGCAAAGAGAGAGGGGCUCUGAGGGGGACAGCGGAAAGGUGUCCAACCUGCAGUUCCUGCACAGUUACCUGACCUACAUCAAGCUGUGUACGCUGGUGAAGAGGAACGAGAGCAUGGCCCACACUCUGCAGGCUAAACUGAAGGAACCUGAAGCCGACGAGAACAAGAGAGGACCCCGCCCACAGGAUCUCAUCCGUCUCUAUGAUAUCAUCCUGCAGAGUCUGGCUGAGCUCUCCACCCUGCAGGGUCUGGAGGAUGACCACACUUUCCAGAAGGAGGUGUCCCUCAAGAUCCUGGUCUACAAGGCCUACAGGUGUUUCUUCAUAGCCCAGUCUUACGUGCUGGUGAAGAAGUGGAGUGAGGCUUUGGUGCUGUAUGAGAGGGUGCUGAAAUAUGCCAAGGAGGUCCAGUCUAAGGCCAAGAACCUCAACAACAGCCUCAAGGAUCUCCCUGACGUUCAGGAACUCAUCGCUGAGGUCAACGCUGAGAAAUACUCCCUUCAAGCUGCUGCUAUCUUAGACACCGAUGAGACCGCUGAAGUUCCCUCUCAGCAGCAGGUGAAAGACAACAGGCCCCUCUGCGACCGCCUGGAAACCUUCCGCCUCGACUCCACCCUCGUAGGAAAACAGCCCAAUCUGGUUCAGUUCCCUCCCGACUUCCAGCCGAUCCCCUGCAAGCCCCUGUUCUUCGACCUUGCUCUCAAUCAUGUGGCCUUCCCACCCCUGGACGACAAGGUGGAGCAGAAGGGCAAGGGAGGUCUCACCGGCUACAUCAAGGGCAUUUUUGGCUUUGGCAGCUAAAUCGGUCUGCAGGCUCAGGUCUCCACAGGGGAGCUACAAGGCCUCGAGUUCAACACAAACAACCAGACUUGGGUCGGUUGUUAUUUAGAAUAAUUUCAGUAAAUGUUAUGUUUUAUUUUUAGUGCCCAAGUGCACGAUUGGUGGAGUUUGGAGUUCUGAGGGGGGCAGGGUGAGUCGAAGGUUUUAAGAAAGAUGUUGGAAAAUUAAUAUAAUCGAUGUCGAGGAGCAAUAUAACCCAAGACCACCUGCCAUCUUUAGUACAACACCAGGCUUCCUCCUUAAUUUGAGCUAUGGAGGCGUCUCUGUGGCUUUCACGUUGUCAAUGUCACAAUCCUGUCAGAGUAAACUGAACCACACAGGCAUCUUUUUUCUUUUUUUUCACUGCUCUGUAAGCGCCUUUGUGUAAUUAUGUCUUUUUUUCUUUAUAUGAGAAACAUUUUCAGCAUUUUUUUUAAACAUAAAAUUUAAAAGUGCAGUUUUGCUGUGGCAUCUACUUUGACUUAAAGAGGCAAAGUAGUGCUCAUCAGACACCAUAAAUAUCCUGUCUAACAAACCGAAGCUGUUCUUUCAGUCCUUGUAGUUUCCAAAGCGUCCAGCUGCAUCCCAUUUCCUCUGACUUUUUCUCUGCUCACUCCUCCUUUUACUGCUCUAAAAAAAAACUCAAUUCAUUUGCUGGGAAAUCAGAGAACACAUCCUUCUCUACAUAGGGACUUUUCGUCAACAAAUAAAUUUUUUUUUUUUUUUAAAAAGGUAAGCUCUACGGGGAGGUAACGCAGCAUUAAACUGGAUAUUUGCUGUUUAAAAGCACAAGAAGAAACACACGUUUGACACCUUUUUGUUGUCGGUCUUUUGUAAGUGGUGGCUGAUGUGAGCAGGCCUCUUCAAAUGGAGGAAGUCUCUGAAAUUGGAAAAGUAGUCAUAGGAGGAGCCUAGAAAUAAGUUUUAGAUGCACCAACCAGAUGAUGAAAGAUGAAGCCAUGAGUUAAAGCUUAAAAUGUUCUUUUCUUUUUCUUUUUUUUUAAAUAAAGUGCAGCAUGGUUCGGUGUUUUAUUUAGCCAGUUGUUAUGUGCAAACUGCACACAUGUGCUGUAUAUGUUAUAUGACAUUUGGCACUAAACUCACGUCACGGAAGGGUCCAACUGCUGUAGCUAUACAUUUUUUAACACCUUCCAUGUCUUACAUCAUCAUGGCAUUUGUUUGCCUCAUAAUGGUCUGCUGGCUUGACUGGGAAAUAACUCAAGUUCAGCUCUUCAGACUUUAUUUUAUUCCUGUCAUGUUUUUUAUUUUUACUUUUAUUUACACUUCAGCGGAAUCACCGUUUAAGGAUAGCAGAGUUUUGGCAGCCUGUCAUCCGUCACACCACCACGCCUGUGUGUCCAUCAUGACUAGAACAACACUGUUUUCAUCACCAGUGACAUGACUGCGAAUACAUUGUAACACUCAAGACUGUUUGCUAUCAGUUGUGUUCCAGCCAUAACGUGUCGACACCAAAGCAGCUAAUUUCCUCUGAUCUUUAUGGGACCGCCACGGUUUUGUACCGUUUCUGUCACCUACUCGUAUAUUUAACUCUUUUGUUAACUAAUUUUUAUGGAUGCAUGUUUUAUUUCUUUUUUCUCUCCCCCUCAAUGUUUCAUGUUAAACAGACAAAAGAAGAUGAGAUAAUGUGCUGUAAUAGUUCCAGCACUUGACCUUGAUUAGCCUGGUAAAGUGUAAGUCAUGAUCAAUGAUUGUUGGAAACGCAAGUGGAUAUAGAAAUAAAAUGAUGAGAAUGUAUGAUUUCAUUUAAUUACCAGGCCGAUGAUUAAAAUAUAUUUGCAUCACA